AUGUAUGUGAUAAAAGCCGUGUCUAUGAUAGCUCGAUGCAACAUGACAUAUAUGACACAAGCGACUUACUUAACUGGCACAAGCCCAACCGGUCUUGCCGUGGUCGAUGUCAACGGUGACAACAAACCAGACAUUAUUGUUACAAACAAUGGUAAUAGCAACGUCGGUGUUCUUCUCAAUGUAGGCAACGACACAUUUGCUAAACAAACGAUUUGUUCAACUGGUAGUAAACCGGUGAGUUUAGUAGUUGUCGAUGUCAAUAACGAUACUAAACCGGACAUUAUUAAUGCAAAUUCUAAUAGCAACACCGUUGGUGUUUUGUUGGCUUUUUGA